AUCAGCCCACACCGGAAGUGGUUGUCAUAGAAGUAGUCAUACCAGGUCACUUGACAAAAGCCACAGUCGUUCAGCCUCUAACUAUAUAAUAGUUGAUUUCGUUUCCCUCUAUCAGUUCUUGUUAACAUAAGAUCUAUUUUAUAUAUUGUCUUGAAAAUGUCGCAGUUUGAGGAAGUGAACGUCCAUGGAUAUGAAGAAUUCUGCCAGGCCAUAGCUGAAAGAAAAGGAAAAGAUAUUUUUGUUUAUUUCUCUGGAAAUAAAGACGCAGAAGGCAAGAGUUGGUGUCCAGACUGCGUAAAAGCUGAACCUGUGGUCAGAGGAGAAAUGUCUAAUCUUCCUGACGGUUCUGUCUUCAUCUACUGCCAAGUGGGAGAGAGAACCUAUUGGAAGAAUCCAAACAACGACUUCAAGAAGAAUCUGAAACUGACUGGUGUCCCUACUCUGAUGAGAUACGGCACACCUCAGAAGUUGGUGGAGGAGGAGUGUCUCAAAGGCAACCUUGUGAAGAUGAUGUUCACCGAGGACUGAGAAGAGAAGAUCCUGCACAGCUGCUGCUAUCACUUGUGAAACAAAUAAAUCAUAGAUUCCACUGGAAUGACCAAAGGAAAUGACGUUUUGUUUUGUUUUUACUUUUUUUUUGUAAAUCUUUAAAUUUCAAUUAGUGUCACAAUUUCAUUAACAACACAUUGUGUGGUGUUUUGUGCUUUGCUGUUUACAAACACAUAUAAAUAAAGAGAACAAAAGAAGGGUUA